AUGGUGCUCAAACCAGGUAGCGUGCACGCUACGGAAUUCACUCAUGAACACACACACCAACCACCAUCACGUAUUCGUCUCUUACCAAAAUCGUCGUCGGAAGCUGCUGCUGCCAGAACCGCCUCCGCAACCGCUACGCAUCACGCAACGCAUGCUUCAACACCAACGCUAACCAAUGCUAAUCUAGCUUCAGAACUAGACGAAUGUGCUGCGAUUGGCUUGUAUUGUCGUGGAAACACUGUGUGUCGUAAUCUUAGCUGUCAGUGUCCUGACGGUUACGUACUGCAUAAUGACGGAUGUGUCCCGCCAGAUGAAGCUGGCCGACGUAGGGUUGGCGCCAAAUCCAGACAUCAAGGUACACCAACAUACGCUCGACCAGGUCAACAGUGUGCGAAUGGAGAGAUAUGCGUUGGUGGAAGUUUCUGCAAAGAAAUGACGGUUUGCGCGUGCCCACCCGAGAAGCCAAUCUUGCAAGGAGAUACUUGUAUCGCACAACAAUAUAAAAAAAUCGCGACACCAGGAGAGUCCUGUGACGAAAAUACUGAAUGCACCAAAGAGAGCACGUAAGU